GGAAAAUUUCAUAAUCAGGGUGGUGUGUCUUUAAAGACUAUAAAAGUCACAGGAUCCUUCCCAACUCUUCACGCAUCUCUGAUUCUUCCAGCAGCUGCAGUCAGGCGACCAGGACUCCAAAAUGAGUUGUAAAAAGUCUCCCGAAGAACUAAAGAGCAUUUUUGAAAAAUAUGCAGCCAAAGAAGGUGAUCCGGACCAACUGUCGAAGGAUGAACUGAAGCUAUUGAUUCAGACUGAAUUCCCUACUCUGCUCAAAGGUUCAAGCACUAUCGACGACCUCUUUAAAGAGCUGGACAAGAAUGGAGAUGGAGAAGUUAGUUUCGAAGAAUUCCAAGUGUUAGUAAAAAAGAUAUCCCAAUGAAGGAGCAAACAAAACAGCAUCCUGAGCCCUGAACGAAGAGCACCUGGUUCUAACUCACAUGGAAUCCUCAGAUUUCCGGUUGAAUUCUUCACAAUUAUAAUGAUCUGGCUGUGAGAUCCACUUAUUGUCAAUAAAGAAAUUCUUAGACAUGUC